CUCUUCAUCUUCGUCAACUUCUUCCCACGACUCCGAGUACAAGAUCCAAGUUUCUCACGGCAUGUCUCUCUGUGCUUCCACCUCAGAUCGCACUCCAGCAUCUAUCGACGAAGGUCGUGAUCUCAACGAUGAUUUGCUCGACUUCUACAUGGUCGAUUCUGACAGCCCCGCCGUCAAGCGUGUCUACUGGGAGGACCUCGCUGUCGAUGAACUUCCUGACUAUAUCGACGAAGACCAGCUCUCUGACGCUGAAUCCGAAGUUGACAUCAUCUGCAGCGACCUAAUCGACAAUCAGCCCAGUGUUUCCAAGGGUCUUAUCACCUCCUUCUCCGACGACGAGCUCCCUUAUUACGUCGACGAUGGUUUGCCUCCUCCUGUUGAUACCACUCACGUAUCAUCAACGGCAACUGGGCCUUCGAAGGCGACGACGAGGUUCAGUCUGAUCGUCCUGAGUGGCUCGGCUGGAGACGCUAAGUAUCUCCACCUCUCACGACUACUCGCCGUCGCAAGUCCUUCGACGAGAGUCAGAGUCAACAAGACAAGAACAAGCGUCAAGCAAAUUUAUUCGCAUGCCACAACCACAGAAGCAUCGACUUCACGUGCUCUGUAUGAACCAAAUUUCCAAACAACACUCUUCUUUCCAAACACGAUGAUCUAAGAGACAUCUAACAUCACCCUCACCCAUCCACAAACAUCCAACGCAAGUCUACUCAAGCACGUGCCCGCAAAUUCCCCUGAGAUUCAGCUCCAUCUGCCUUAUGUGGCUUGGCUGUGCGAAGGUGUCUUGUAAGGAAAGUAGGGCAAGGGGUUGUUCUAGUGACACAUCAGAUGUCCAAGAACAGAGAGGAGACUUGUAGGUGCAGACAAAAAGAAGUCUUGCUAGAAACCAC